AUGAGAACCUGGAGGCGGCGGAAGAACUUUGCGUUUUUGCUCCUCGCUCUCCGCGUCUGGUGUCUGUCCGCGGAGACGGGAAAUGCUGACAACGCGGUUUACAACACGCAGGAGGGAAGUAGCCCAGAUGAGGCUAAACAGCGAGGGGAAGCAACCAAAAGAGAACGCUAUGGGACCACAGUACCUCUGCUGCUGAAGGGCAAGGAACGCAGACCUUUCCUCCAGCUCACUGCCAGGAGUUAUCCUGCGUCACUCCAGCUGCUGGUACGUGCGGAAGGUGAACAGCUGAUCCUGUUGCUGGAGAGGAAUGAGGGUCUUUUUGCAAGCCAUUACACUGAGACACAUUACCGGGAGGAUGGAAGUGCAGUCACCGGUGCUCACAACUUCACGAAUAACUGCUACUACCACGGGGAAGUGCAGGCGCAUCCAGGCUCUGAUGUCACCCUCAGCACCUGCACCGGCCUUCGAGGCUUCAUUGCGCUUGAAAACAAGACAUUUAUCAUUGAGCCGGUAUCUGGACAUGACAACGGUGCCCACUUCAUCUACCGAGUGGAAGAACUCACACUGACCCCGGGAGCCUGCGGCCACGGCUUCAACAUGUCCUCUGUUGCCCCUGAAAACCACAUCAAAAGCCCCUUUCAAUCAUUCCACACAAGGCAUAAAAGGCAUGCUGAGAAGACAACCAAGUAUGUUGAGCUGAUCAUUGUUGCAGACAACAGAGAGUUUCAGAAACAGGGCAGGGACGUGGAGAAGGUGAAACAGAGAUUGGCAGAGAUAGCCAAUUACGUGGACAAGUUCUACAGGGCCCUGAACAUCCGGGUGGCUCUGGUGGGUCUGGAGGUGUGGAGUGACUCUGAUAAAUGUCCCAUCACCCAGGAUCCCUUCUCCACCCUGCACGAGUUCCUAGAUUGGAGGAAAGUCAAACUGCUGCCCCAGAAACCUCACGACAAUGCUCAAUUAAUAAGCGGGGUUUACUUCCAGGGCACGACCAUUGGCAUGGCGCCCAUAAUGAGCAUGUGCACAGCUGAGCAGUCUGGAGGCAUCGUCAUGGAUCACUCUGAGAACCCACUGGGGGCAGCGGUGACUUUGGCCCACGAGCUUGGACACAAUUUUGGGAUGAACCACGACACCCCGGAGCGCGGCUGUGGCUGCAGGAUGACCGUUGACCGAGGAGGCUGCAUCAUGACCCCGUCCACAGGGUAUCCCUUCCCAACGGUGUUCAGUACAUGCAGUAAGAAGGACCUUGCUGCCAGUCUGGAGAAAGGCGUGGGCAUGUGUCUGGACAACAUGCCUGAGGUCAAGGUGCUCUAUGGUGGCCAGAAGUGCGGCAACGGCUAUGUGGAGGAGGGGGAAGAGUGUGACUGCGGGGAGCCAGAGGAAUGUAUGAACCCAUGCUGCAAUGCCACCACAUGCACCCUCAAGGGAGACGCCGUGUGCGCACACGGACAGUGCUGUGAUGACUGCAGGCUGAAACCGGCGGGCACCUUGUGUCGAGAGUCCAGUAACUCCUGUGACCUGCCAGAGUUUUGUACCGGUGCCAACCCGUACUGCCCGGCCAACGUGUAUCUGCACGAUGGGCAUGCCUGCCACAGCAUUGAAGGCUACUGCUACAACGGCAUCUGCCAGACUCAUGAGCAGCAAUGCAUCACCCUCUGGGGACCAGGAGCCAAGCCUGCCCCCGGGAUAUGCUUCGAGAGAGUCAACUCUGCAGGGGAUCCUUACGGGAAUUGUGGGAAGGACUCCAAAGGCUCCUUUGCCAAAUGUGAUGCGAGGGAUGCAAAGUGUGGUAAAAUUCAGUGCCAGGGAGGAGCCAACCGGCCAGUGAUCGGAACAAAUGCUGUUUCCAUUGAAACCAACAUCCCGCUACAAGAAGGAGGGCGUAUUCUGUGUCGGGGAACACAUGUUUAUCUGGGCGAUGACAUGCCUGAUCCUGGACUAGUUCUGGCUGGUACAAAAUGUGGAGAUGGCAUGGUGUGCCUGAAUCGCCGGUGCCAGAAUGUCAGCGUCUUUGGUGUGCAUGAGUGCUCUGGGAAGUGCAAUGGACGUGGGGUGUGCAACAACAAGAAGAACUGCCACUGUGAAGCACACAGGGCCCCACCCUUCUGUGAGGCAACGGGCUUCGGUGGGAGCAUGGACAGCGGGCCAACCAGACUGGCAGCCGACAGUGUGGUCAUUACUGUGGCAAUCCUGGUCACCCUGGUCAGCCUUCUGGUAACCAUCAUCGUCAUCUUUCUGAGGAGGAAGACUCUGCUGCGCCUCCUGUUCACCAAUAAGAAGAGCAACUUGGAGAAAUUCAGAUCUGUGGAGGCCAACAGGCCGACCAGCCCCAUCAGGACUCAGUCCAUGUACAGGCCCACCCCGCAGCGCAAGGCCCCACCCAAACCCUCUGCAGACAACAUUUAUAAGCCAACUUUCCUGAGUGCGGAGCCUCUUCUCCCCCCACACAACUUCCACUCCCACAGCCUCCGCAGACUGCCCUUCUACCAGCCCUUACACAUCAGCCAGCCCAUGCCGGUGUCUCUGAGUGUCGGCCAGCCCACUCUGCCUCCUCUCCCGGCCCACCACAGGGUCCUGCCGGCCCACGGGUCUUUCUCACCGCCUCGAGUGCCCCCCUUUCUCAGUCUGCCGCGGCAGCAGUCAUCGUACAGAGUGAACCAGGACUUUGAGAAACCCAGUCCACCACAGAAACCCCUACCCGCAGACCCCCUGGGGAGGAGCUCUCGGCUGGGUCACAGCGUCACAGCGGUGGGGGUCCACAUCCGAGGAACCGGGCCUCUACCCAUACCUAUCCCCACUGUUCCCAAGCCUCCACCCACCAUCCCUUUACCCAGCAGACCUGUGCCAAUGUUGCCCUACAGACCGCCAAAGACUCACAAGGACUGCUGAGCUCUCGACAUCAUGGACGAGUAGAUAUCACGGCCACAGACGGAGACUUUCUUUAUUUGCACUAAUCACUGAGACUCUGGAAGACCUUUUGGACAAUGUGGAAGUAUCACAGAGUUUCUAGUGAAAGGGGGCUGACAUCACACCUCGGUGCUACGCCUCUAAAAGGUGCUUUGUUGUCCUCACUCAGGUACCAAUGAACUAUUUAUCUAUUUAAUUAUUUAACUGCAUUAUCACCGGUUUGUGCACAGGACACUCAUCAAGAGUGAGUUUUUCCACACGGAAAAGUUUCGAAAAAAAGAGGAAACACGGAGCAAUUAGGAGUAUUUCUUUUGCAUUCUUCGCUGAUUGUUAAACUUUUCCUCAAACGAAAUGCUGAAAUAUAUAAGAUGUUUUUAUAACCAGUUAAGUUGCUUGGAUAUUUUUGUUUUGGGGGCUAAAGUGAAGAUAAAGGGAAAUGGAGCACAACUCGGCACAUUGUCAGUGCAGCUUGUGUGGCGAUAAGAGUUAUUUAUUCAGUUUUUUCAUAUUUUUGUGGAAACAAAAGUCGAUUGUCAUCAAAUCUGUUUUUAAAUCGGAAUACAGCGGACUCCAAUUAAACCCUCACACUCCUUUUUGAUCGGGCAUGUGUUGGACGCUGCGCCUCCCGGUUCUGGCAGACGCUGCAGAGUUUCAACAGAUUUCACAGACUGAUUGUGUUCCAGAGAAUUACACCAACACCAAAUAAGUCAACGUCAACUCUGGUGUUUGUAUGUUUAACAUUUACGCCCACGUUGUCCUCGAGUGUUCCAGCCAAGCAGGAUGACUUCACCGCUGCGAGCUUUCCAAGCUUUUCCUCAACCGCGUCCAACAACUUGAACCGGGAGUCCGUCUCCUCUUUGUUUUGUUUUUGUCUUCACAACAUUCCAUUUUGAUUUUGUAUGGGAUUGAUAUUCUUGAACUCUUGAGAUGAUUUAUGCAUUCACAGCGUCGUUCAUCAGAUUCAGAGCUUGGCAUUGCUCCUCGAGUCAGGCCAUUCCCUUCAUGUUAGUUGUUGUUGAUUUGCUGUACAAGGAGGGAGUCAACAGGUAAAAACAUUACAGCGCAUUUCUAUAUAUAUUUUUUUUUUACAUAUAUUUGAAAUGUGUGCUUAUCUUCUCACCACUGCAGAAUGACAUGUCAUAAAGCACCGCUUAGCUGCGUUGCUGUUGUGUACAGAAUUAAUGCUCCUCUUGUUUUGGAAGUGUUCGGAGUAACUGCUGUUUGUUAGUGCCGUGUCGACUAGUCGUUAAAUGUUUCUGCCAUUUGUAAAAAAUCUUAAAUGUGCCGUGUUUUAUUUACAUCACUGUAACCUGUUUAAACCAUUGUAAAGAGUGAAUAUUGUAUGUUAUCAUUUUCUUUUCUUUUCUUUACAAGCACAGAAAUAUAAGGACUGCUUUGAGGUUGUGCCCCAUUUACACGGGUAAUGAAAACAUGACUUUGAAGAUUUCAACCAUAACUUGUAAGCCAGAGACGAAUGUUUUGGGUUAACAUUUGAACUGAGAGAUUUUAUUGAUGAAGUCAGAGCAAAAUAAAAAAAUCCCUUUAUGGCUGUUUGUAACAAGUUGUU